CAUUACUCGCAUUACUCGCACUCACAGUCUAUUCACAAGCAUUGCUCUAACGAACCACUGGUUUGUAAUCCACGUGUCAUUGCAUUGAAUCCAUAUUUACUGUGUUUGUGGUAAUCAUUGUCUCUUAAUUGAAAUCAAUUGACUCAUCGAUUGGAUCAACUGUUGUCUGGACGUGAAGUAGAGGCGAGAGAUGUCAGAAUCGACUGCAAUGGAAAAGUCUGAAAGACGUGACUCGGGCUCCGACUCGGGCGAAGACUCGAAGAACUGGCGGUCGCGUAAUGGCGACCAAAGCCGUGGAUACAACCGGAACGGCUUCGGCUCGUCGGGCGGCGGGUACGGGAACCGGUCGUUCGGUGGCCGUAAUCGGGGGCAGAACUGCUACAACUGUGGCCAAAGCGGACACAUCUCUCGCGAGUGCGACCAACCGAAGCGCGAGAGAGGCGGCGACUCUCGUAAGUGCUAUAACUGUGGCUCUGAGGGCCACCUCUCGCGCGACUGCACCGAACCCAAGAAGGAGCGCGGCUUUGGCGGCAGCAGUGGUGGCGGAGCCGGUGGUGGCGGCGGAGGCAAGACGUGCUACAACUGCGGCUCUGAGGCGCACCUGAGUCGCGACUGCUCGGAGCCCCGCAAAGAGAGACCAAAGACGUGCUUCAACUGCAACGAAGUCGGACACAUCAGCGCUGACUGUCCUAAUGAGCGUCGCGAGCGCGGCAGAGGUGGUCAGUAUGGCGGCCAACGCGGCAGUAGAUAUUAGAGACACCGCUCGACACAACGCCACUCUUUUCGACACACGAUGUCGUGGCACCAGAUUUGAGGACUUUUUGCUUUUUUGGUCAUUAUAUCUAUUAAUGAAUUUGUGUUUUGUUUUAUUAAUAAAUUAUCGCAUUUUUUGAGUUAAUUACAAACAUUUUACAGUUAGUUGAAUAUGAAAUUGAAUAACAUUUAUUGAUAUGAAUGUAUAAAUUAAUGUUAAGUAUUGCCGCCGAAGAUCUGUUAACAGUUAACACACGUAAUGAAAAUUGUUUUAUAAUACUAUUGUUUAAAUUAUAAUUAACUCUCGAUUUCUGUUUUGAUUUUUCAUUUUUCUCUUUUACUUCAAUUUAAAUGUACUCUUAUUUGUGUUAAUUCACACUAAAAGUCAUUAUUUUUUCCAAUCGGUUGUCAUUUUGUAUCGAAAUAUAAACAUUUGAAACACAAAUUUGUAAUAAAUCAAUACAUUUUAUAUAUAACUUAGAAUUUAAACACUAUUAUUAAUGAUUUGUGCCUAAAUUACAUGAAUAUAUAUUUAUCUUUCCGUUUGUCUGAUGAUUUGAUUUUGAAAUUAAAAAUUCAUUAAAUUUAUGUCCG